AUGCAGCGAUGCAACUGCAAUCAAUUAAGCGACAAAUCGAAGUACGAUUGCGCGGCGGGGCAUGUUAGCGCAUGCGUACUUUUGGGUAACGCUUCCAGAAUCUACGGAUUGUUGCGUCAGAUCAUGGAAGCUAACGCCAUACGUCAGGAAGAACCGGUGCCGAGUUACGACGCUCUGCCCAUGGAACUAAAGCAGUUCAUCCGAAGACAAGCAUACGAGUUCUCCUUUUUGGCCAAUAAUCGAAUCUACGACGAGCAAGAGAUGCGGCUUGCUUGGGCGCCUAACGUCUAUGUGCCGAUGAGGGAGAACAACGUGGAACAUCGCAGAGUAGUGGGAAGGUCGUGUGGCGAGAAGUAA